CUUUGCUCACUCUCUUUGUCUUUUCUUUUUCUCAGUUUAUAACUUUUUAUCCAUCUACAUCAUAAAGGGUCUCUUGGAAAAUCGCAGAGUUAUGGACAGUGUCCUUUGAAACUCCAAACAAAUAAAACAGCUCAUAGUAGUAUAGUAGUAUUAUAGUAAAAGAUAGCCUCAAAAGUACGCUAACCCACUUCCUCUUUUCAUACAACUAAAUUGGAAAUUGCUUCUUCCUGAUUAGUUUUGCUUUCAUCUGCUUGAAUGUGUCUCCGAUUUCUGAAGGGUCUUUUUGUGUGACAAAAGGGUAUUAUGCUGGAUUGGAAAAAAGGGAAAGUGAACCCAUUUCUGAGUAACAUAAGGGCAAGGCUAAAGACAAGACCGAUGCCCUUGAAUAUAUUUCAGGAUAAAGAUGGAUUGCCUCGGAUUAUAUUGACUGAACCAACUGGCACAUCAGCAGAGGUGCUUCUAUAUGGAGGGCGGGUUGUUUCUUGGAAGAAUGAACGCAAGGAAGAACUGCUUUUUAUGAGCAGUAAGGCUAACUCGAAGCAAUCUAAAGCAAUCAGAGGGGGUAUAUCAGUCUGCUUUCCACAGUUUGGAAAUCUUGGUUCACUAGAACAACAUGGAUCUGCAAGAAACAGAUUGUGGUCAUUGGAUAGGGACCCUUCACCUCUACCUCCAUCAGACAAUCAGUCCUCAGUGGAUUUGGUAUUAAAGUCAGCAGGAGUUGACUUAAAGACCAGGCCAUCUAGUUUCGAGUUUCGGCUUCGCAUCUCUCUCAGUGCUGGCAAGCUCACUUUGAUCCCCAGAGUCAGAAACACUGAUAAAAAAACACUUUCUUUCACACUGUCAACAAGCAACUAUUUAUCUGUAUCUGAUAUCAGUGAAGUGCGUGUUGAGGGAUUGGAGACACUUGAUUACUUUGACAAUCUGAUGAACAAAUCAAGGUUCACAGAGCAGGCAGAUGCAAUUACUUUUGAUGGCCAGAUGGACAGGGUGUACUUGCGCACCCCCACGAAAAUCGCCAUCAUAGACCAUGAGAAGAAAAGAACUUUUGUACUGCAGAAGAAUGCAAUGCCAGAUGCAGUGGUGUGGAAUCCUGGGUAUAAGAAGGCCAAGGCUCUUCCUGAUUUGGGGGAUGAAGAUUACAAGUUCAUGAUAUGUGUUGAUUCAGCAGCUGUUGAAACCCCAAUAAUGUUGAAGCCCUAUGAAGAGUGGAAGGGCUAUCAGGAGCUCUCUACUGUUUCAUCAAGCUAUUGCAGUGGACAACUGGAUCCUUGUAAGGUUCUCUAUGGUUUUCACUGACCACCUUAAUGGAAGAUUAGAAUUAUAAUGGACUUCAGUGUCCAAAUUAGUUAUGCACUUGCCUGUGCAUUCAUACAAUGCUGACUGCUGAGGCUAUAAUAAAGUGAGAGCAACUAAAUAAUUGAGAGAUGCUUCUUGGUAUUCAUACUUAUGUCAACUACCUAAGUUACUUGCCAUUGCAAUAUUACAGUAUUAUCCAUUGAAUUAGACAACGUGUUUGUAAGGUUCCAAUAAAAUUUUCAAGGAACGGGCAUUGCCAACAAAAAUCAGAUUAUCGAAGUAAUUUAGUACUUUCUUUUAUAGGCCCUGCA